UACAGUUCUGGAACAGUCACUUGCGUGGCGUGGCAGCGGUAGGACGUCGCAGAACAGGCAGCGCUGGGUUCCGUCUCUACAGGAUAACAGAUUUUUGUGUGUGUAUGUGUGUGCGUACACGCCAGAAUCAUCCUCAAUGGAGACCAAGGCUGAGGACACCGUAACCGAGGACCUGGCUGCAGUGCUGGACGCCUCGGACGGCGCCAUCGUGGUGCUGGUGGCGGGGGAGAUGCGGCUGGUGGCGCACCGGGCAGUCCUGGCAGCCAGGAGCCCCGUGUUCGGCGCCAUGUUUCGCCACGACACGCUGGAGGCCAGCAGUGGCGUGGUCACCAUCAGCGACGUGGAGGGCCCAGUCCUGCGCCUGGUGGUGGGCUACUGCUAUACGCUCAAGUCUCCACAGCCAUCCAGCAUGAGCCUUCAGCUCCUGGCGGCUGCAGACAAGUACGGCUUGCUGGGGCUGAAGGCCGACUGCGAGCAGCAGCUGGCUGCUCGGCUGACUGUGGAGAACGCAGCGGACACAGCUGUGUUCGCUCUAAGGCACCCUUGUCCUACCCUCAAGUCGGCUGCCAUCAGCUUCAUAUGGUCCAACCCCCAGGUGUUCGCCACGCAGGGCUGGGCUGAUGCGGAACGCGAGCAGCCUGAAGAAACAGGUGAAGUGAAGCGGCUACUCGAUGAGAAACGUGAAGAAAUCAGAAGGCUUCCUGCAGAGGAGAAGGACAGGAGGCUGAUCGAGGCAGCUAAGGUGGGCGCUGUGGAGGAGCUGAAGGAGCUGCUCACGGCAGGGGCGGACGUGGCAGCUAGGGGUGGGUGGUGGUGGACCCCCUUGCACUAUGCAGCGUGCAAUGGGCACCUGGAGGUGGCGCGGUGCCUGGUAACAGCUGGAGCCGAGGUGGAUGCCAGAGACGAGGUGCAGACCACGCCUCUGCACCGGGCCGCGUUCAAUAGCUGCUUGGAUGUGAUGCGUCUGCUGUUGGCCAAUUCCGCCGACCCCAACGCCAGGAAUCAAUGGGGGUGGACGCCAAUGCACGAUGCAGCAUCCAAUGGCUUUGCCGAAGCGGUGGCGGUGCUGCUGGAAGCAGGGGCUAACAGGCGGGUGAGGACUGGCUGUGGGGAAACGGCGCUGGACAUCGCCAGGCAGAAGAACCACCUGCACUUGGUAGACAUGCUGAGAUUAAACCAGCACUCCAACAGAUAACUUUGGAGUAAGACUAAAACUGCUUCUCUACCUAAAUUUGUUAUUUUUUUAAAAUAAAUAAUACAAAAAAGUUAA